UUAUGCCUUGGGUGCGGACCUCCUUCCUGGCGUCCCCCGGGCUUACUCCUCCGUGUCUUCCGCGAGGCCCUCUGCGGCUUCCCGGCGGCGGGACUGAGCACCUGCGUGCACCGCGUUCCGAGAGUCAACAUGGCUGGAGCUGAGGAAAUGGUCAAUGGGGGCUGUGACGUCCAUCCUCCCUUUGCUGGUGCGAAGUCUGUGCUGUGCUUCGGGCAGAGCCAGUACACAGCAGAGGAGUACCAGGCUAUCCAGAGGGCUCUGAGGCAGAGACUGGGCCCAGAAUACAUCAGCAGCCGCAUGGCUGGAGGAGGCCAGAAGGUGUGUUAUAUUGAAGGUCAUCGAGUAAUUAACUUGGCCAAUGAGAUGUUUGGUUACAACGGCUGGGCACACUCCAUCACCCAGCAGAAUGUGGAUUUUGUUGACCUCAACAAUGGCAAAUUCUACGUGGGAGUCUGUGCAUUUGUAAGGGUGCAGUUAAAGGACGGUUCCUAUCAUGAGGACGUGGGUUACGGAGUUAGUGAGGGCCUAAGGUCAAAGGCCUUGUCGCUGGAGAAGGCCAGGAAGGAGGCUGUGACUGACGGGCUGAAGCGGGCGCUCAGGAGUUUUGGGAAUGCACUUGGAAACUGCAUUCUGGACAAAGACUAUCUGAGGUCACUAAAUAAGCUCCCACGACAGCUCCCUCUUGAAGUGGAUUUAACUAAAGCAAAGAGAGAAGAUUUUGAACCAUCUGUGGAACAGGCAAGAUAUAACAGCUGCCGACAGAAUGAAGCACCGGGACCCCCAAAACCACAAGAAGCGACUUCUCCUUGCAGACCAAACCACCCGCAUGAUUCGGACAUUAGGCUGCAGGGGGUUAAGGACUGCAGCAGCUCCUGCAGUCUGGCCGCCCCCGUGGUGGAGAGUGAUGCCAUUCACCAGCGCAAGCUCCGGAAGCUCCGGCAGAAGCAGCUACAGCAGCAGUUCCGGCAGCAGAUGGAGAUGCACCAGCAGGGCCACACACAUGCCGCAGAAGUGGAAGCCGAGCGUGUGGCAGUGCUUCCAGACCCUCCCCCGAAACACAGUACCCCUACAACUGCUGCCUCAGAACUCCUCCGGGAGAAAGCUGUCGUUCCAGAGAACCCUGAAGACAACCUUGAAAUGUGGGACCUGACUCCAGAUUUAGAGGAUAUCAUUAAGCCCUUGUCUAGACCAGAACCCCCUCAAACCUCUGCCACCCGAGCCUUCAACAACCAGGUGAUCCAGGAUGGUGUCCUACACAGCCUUUGCCACCAGAUGCCACCAGAAAAACAUGAAGCUGGUCACCUGCAGACCUGCAGCACGCACCAGCAUGUACUAGGAAACUCUCAUAGGAAGAGCCAGGACCUGAAGAAAAGGAAACUGGAUCCAUCCUGAAGCUCCAGACAUUACUGGAUUCUGUCACAAGAAGUUUGGAAUUUACAAUUUGGUCACAAAAUUGUUCCCAAGGUUUUAUAUAAUGGUUCAUUCUGAACUCAUUAGAGAACUUUAGAGCAUACUAGAGCAUAUAGAGUACUAUAAAAAGGCUGCGAUACCCUGUGAUGGGAGGGAGGCCAACAGAUAAAAUGCCUUUCCUUUGGCUUUCCAAGUUUUUCUCUACUAUUCACUCAGGCUGCCUUCUGUUUAGUGAUGCAGCCCAUCUACAUUAAAUUAUAUGCGAGCUCAUCUUUCCUUUGGCUCCAGAUUCAUGUUUUCCACUAAGUGCUAAUAAGGCCAUGGUGGUGGUUUCAAGAUCACAUAUGGACUCAUGUCAAUAGAAGCCUCCCUUUAUCUUGAGAGAAGUACCAAAAUUUAGAGUAUUUAAGUGUCUCUGAUUUAGGCCUUCUCCAUUGUUAGCACUUACCAUGUUCUGUGGUUGUACAUAGUUUGUAUAUAGAAGGAAGGCCAGCAUGAAUUUUUUCAACUGUACAUGAUUAAAGUCUCAUAAUAAAGA